AAGCAUCUUCAGGUGUUACUUGAACACAGCCUCUUCACUCCCUGUGUCCCUCCAUCUGUCAUCAGCAAUAUAGUUCUCAGUUUCCAGUCACCAGCUGGAACACUACUAUGUAGCACAACUCAAGACAUUGAGACUGCUUCCACCAUUGGUAGGAGUGUUUGCACGAGGUCAGAGGUCGCCUCUAGCCAAUGAGAGCCCACGUGUGUAAGUCUGUGAGCCAGUGUCAGUAUAGCGAGGUAUCCAUCAGCAUGUGUACGCUGUCUACCUGAGCCUCCACUACAGAAUCCAGAGACAGUUACACUAUAACAGUGGAAUACUGCCAUUGUGAAUGUUUCAAGGAUUAUGUCCGUUCUUGGAGAGCACCCCUUAAUGGAAGGCGGCCCUCCCCCCCUGGUUCCAGGGCUGUGGCGCCCUGCCCUGUGGUGUACCCCCACCCCACGGGUCCCUGAACUGCCAGUGUAUCCCCAACCCCGCUCGAUGACUCACCUGCUAAGUGACUACAUAGCCACUACCUCCUCUUCUCCACUGUGGUACCCCUGGUAUUUUAAAGGUGAAUCUUUAUACAAGAGAACCUCCCCACUAGACGACCGAGAGUCGCCAAGCAAAGAGUUGCCGUCAAAGUUGCUCAAACAUGAUCGAGUGAAAGAACGCCAGGAUCUCUGUCACACUCUCAACUUUGACAAAGAUCAUGCUGCACGUCUCAACUCCAAAAAAUCAGCAGGAACACAAACGCAAUUUACAAGUUUUAAUGGAGACAGCUACCCGUACUACCCGUGUGAGACAGUUCCUGCUGAUUCCUCGUACAGCCUGCGGACUCUGUACCCCCCAACCCCUCCUCCGCCGCCACCACCCUCACACCCUAGUCACGACCAACAUCCCGCUAUACCCAGCCAUCCUACCGAGCUCCCAUCGCCCGACAUCCAGAACGCACCCUUAAAUCUCUCACUCUCAAGUGGAGGCUCCCCUCCACCUCAUCGUCCACAACUACGUCCGUCGGUUAUCACAUGUGCGGCGACGACGUCAUCACCAGGCAGUAGUUCCUCACAGCGGUAUGGGUGUUCGAGCCCGGAGGAGCGCAAUCACCGCCAUCAAAUGUACCUGCGGCAGCCCGCCAUUGAGGAGCACUUCCGGAGAUCCUUAGGCCACAACUACAAAGAUUCUAUCCAGACCAAAACCACAACCACAACGGUCACUGCUGCCACUGCAGUCCACGCUAAUGUCUCCAUCACAGGCUCAGUUGACGAUCACUUUGCCAAGUCGCUUGGAGACACAACAUGGACGGCCAUAAAGGCCAAGUCAGACCCAGUCAAGGAUAUGUUUGCUGGGUCUGUCGACGACCACUUCGCUAAGGCAUUAGGCGACACAUGGUUAAGAAUAAAAGCCGAGAAAGAAAGCAACUGCCAUGGAUCAUCUUGUUCCUCGCCAUCUGGGUCGCCCCCUCAUGCCUCCAUAGUGACCACAUAGAUCUGUUCAAGUGGUUCUAGUGCAAGGGAGGUAACUCCAAAAACUCUCAACUCCUUGCAGCUGUGCCAUGUAAGGGAGGUAACUCUGUGCCAUGUGUUGGAUGGCCACCUAUCAAACCAAAGAGGCAGGGAUAUGCCAUGACACUCUCUGUGGUAUAACACACACUGUGCUUACAAGUGCCAUUGAUUGCAAGCUUCUAUACCAAUGUGUUGCCUUGUCACUUGGCACUGUGAAGCCCACGGUUCACAAGCAAGACAUUGACGAUGUGGUCGAUGUUUACAAAUUUGAAAUGGCAAUCAAUGUGUACAUAUUGAAGAAGAUAUUGUAUGUAUGUUACGUUUAUGAUGGAUUUGAUGAGAUUUCCAUGUCGUGAGAUGAAGGUGCCGAACCACCACUAUUUAUGAAGGAAAACGCUACAAACUGAUAUAAAUCAGCCUUGUUACAUGUUUGUGUCUCAGUCAGCUGCAGAAGUUGACGUCCAUUAAUUAUAAAAACAUAUUUAAAUGUUAUGUAUGAAGAAUGGAUAAAUAUAACUUUCACAUAAUACAUUCA